AUGGACAUCAUCGUGACGGACGCUGCGACUGGCUUUGUCGACCCUCUCAUGAUGAACUGGGACACUCACACGCCGACCGGCCGCUCGUACACCAUCUCGUACCCGCUACGCGAGUCGGUCUACUAUAACUGCAGCCGAUGGUUCUGGGACGUCGCCGGUGUCUGGGCACUGCGCGAGGAGGAGCAGUGCACACCCGACACAAGGCGCAUGGUCCGUGCUUACAUACCAGCAUCGUACGAGAAUGGCGCAGCAGCGGCGGUGCUAUUCGCGGGUGAUGACGACGUCGGAAGCGGCUGCGUCGGGUGCACCCCCGCAGACGAUCGGCCAAGCAUGGGCCGUCCCGCUGCCGGACAGCCGGGGUUCUGGCUGAACUCGGUGAUGCUCGACCGGCUGAUUGCAGCGGGCCGUAUGCCACCCAACACAGUUCACAUCACCACCAAUAAUGCAAACGGCCGCGAUAUCGAGAUGAACACCGUGAGCGGCCUCUACUCUGAAUUCUUGCAGCACGAGGUGCUCAAGCGAGUGCGGUCGCACCCCGAGGUCAUCGCCGACUACCCUCUCCUCCGCUUCACCAGCGACCCUAAGGGGAGGGUUCUGAUGGGCUGCAGCGCGGGCGGCGACCAGGCGAUCAUCCAGGCGCUGAUGAGGCCGGAUGUUGUCGGCGUGGGCGUCGCCUUCUCGGCCACGGUAACCUGGACCAGCACCGCCCUCGCCAGCAAUGGAAGCUUUCCCCUCGGCGCGGCCGACCUCUGGGCCGGGGAGGGACUGAUCGCGACCGGCCCCAAGAGGGACGUCCGCCUGUUUCACUCCUGUGCCCAGCAUGACCUCGGCACCUGGACCGCUCCCUAUGAUGCCCCAGGAACGGGGAUGCCCUCGCCCGGCUUCGGUUGCGUGUCGGGCUACCCGACCAACCUGUGCGACAGAGAGGGCGAGAACGGGGCGAUCAAGGACGGCAACCGCCCGGGCCGCAACUUUGGAUACGUCGGGGUGGGCGACACUUGCAACCCCUACGCGGACUGGGCAGACGCAAACAACCAAACGGCGUCGGCCCUUCACAGCAGAGGAUAUGAUCACCGCUACUUGUGGGUGAGGAAUGCGUGCCACUGCGACCCUCGCCAGUACGACCAGAGCCUCCCCACCGUGCUUACGUGGGCGUUCGAGGAGGCUUGGUAA